AUGUCCAACAACGUGCAAGAUUCAUGGGAGGACGCGGCCAACCAGGACGAGAACCUGGCGCGUCAGGCUCAGCAGCAGCUGAACAUCGGCGCUCAGCAGGGAGGAUUUCGCCCCAAUGCUGCCGCUUUCCAGCCGAACGCCCCGGCUUUCCAGCCGGGGCAGGCUUAUGGUAGCUACAUGGGCUACCAGCAGCCAUACUACGGCCAGGGCUAUUAUCCCCAGUACGGCCAGCAGGGCUAUGCUCCGUAUGGCCAGCAAGGUUAUGGUGCCGUUUACGGCCAGGGCUAUAACCAGGGCUACGGCUAUUGGCAGGGUUACCAGCAGCAGCAACAAUAUCACCAACCAGUCCAGCAGCAGCAGCAGCAGCAGCAGCAGCAGCAAGCCCCGAAGCCCGCGCCGACUAUCGCCAAGAGAGACGCGAAUCCCCCGGCAGCGGAUGCCCCUAAGCCCGGAGCUAAGGUCCUGAGCAUCGGCGGCGACGCGAAGCCCAAGGCAGCAAAGGUCCUGUCCAUUGGCGCGACUGGGACAGUCAAGGAGGAGAAGAAAGACGAGACCAAGAAAGAGGAGGUCAAGAAAGAGGAACCCAAGAAGGAUGAGCCUAAGAAAGAGGAUACUAAGAAAGAAGAGGCUAAGAAGGAGGGCACCGCUGAGGCUGCUGCCAAAGUUACGGCAGCAAAGGCCAUCGAGAAGUCUGACACCAAGGCUAGCAGUGGCAGGGCUUCUCCUGUCCCUUCUUCCGGCCGUUCUAGCCCGUCGCGUGGCGGCGCUCCGGCCAAUCGUGUAACCCGCGAAGCCGAUAUUGUCGAGAAGGAGCAGGCUGCCGAUGUCGACGACGAAACUCUUAAGGAGCUUUAUGGCAAAGAGCAUAUCAACAUUAUCUUCAUCGGCCACGUCGACGCUGGCAAGAGCACUCUCGGUGGCGCCAUCCUCUACUCUACUGGUAUGGUUGAUGACCGUACGCUUGAGAAGUAUAAGAGGGAAGCCAAGGAGUUGGGUCGUGAGACCUGGUACCUCUCCUGGGCUCUCGAUCUGACCAAGGAGGAGCGCGCCAAGGGCAAGACAGUCGAGGUCGGCCGUGGCUACUUUGAGACUGAGAAGCGCAGAUACAGUAUCCUCGAUGCCCCUGGUCACAAGACCUAUGUCCCCAACAUGAUUGGUGGCGCUUCUCAGGCCGAUGUCGGUAUUCUCGUCAUCAGUGCCCGUAAGGGUGAGUACGAGACUGGCUUUGAGAAGGGUGGUCAGACUCGUGAGCACGCUAUGUUGGCCAAGACCCAGGGUGUCAACAAACUGGUCGUUGUCAUCAACAAGAUGGACGAUCCUACUGUCAAUUGGUCCAAGGACCGUUACAUUGAGUGCACGACCAAGCUCCAGCAGUUCCUCAAGGCCACCGGCUAUAACCUUAAGACCGAUGUCUUCUUCAUGCCCAUCGCUGCUCAGCAGGUCAUGGGUAUCAAGGACCGCAUCCCCAAGGAUGUCUGCCCGUGGUACGAUGGCCCGUCUCUUCUCGAGUAUCUUGACAGCAUGCAGGCCCUAGAGCGCAAGGUCAAUGCGCCGUUCAUGAUGGCUGUGGCCGGCAAGUAUCGUGAUAUGGGUACCAUGGUGGAGGGCAAGAUUGAGGCUGGUGUGGUCAAGAAGGGCAUGUCCCUUGUGAUGAUGCCCAACAAGCAGAGUGUUGAAGUCGCUGCUGUGUAUGGUGAAACUGAAGAUGAGAUCAACAUCGCGCAGUGCGGUGACCAGGUCCGUCUCCGCCUGCGUGGCAUCGAAGAGGAAGAAAUCCUUCCUGGUUUCGUUCUCUGCUCGCCCAAGCGUCUGGUCCACUGUGUCUCUAGGUUUGAGGCGCAGAUCCGUAUUCUCGACCUCAAGAGCAUCCUCACUGCCGGUUUCAACUGCGUGCUGCACGUCCAUGCGGCCAUCGAAGAGGUCACGUUCGCGGCUCUUCUGCACAAACUUCAGAAGGGCACGAACCGUAAGAGCAAGCUGCCGCCCACGCAUGCCAAGAAGGGUGAUAGCAUCAUUGCUAUUCUGGAGGUUACUAGCGGCGCUGGCGCGGUGUGCGUUGAGAGGUUCGAGGAUUAUCCUCAGCUGGGUCGUUUCACCCUACGUGAUCAGGGUCAAACAAUUGCCAUUGGCAAGAUCACCAAGCUCAUCCAGGAGUAA